UCUAUCAACGUCUUAGUUUCUCUCUCUUCUUACUCUCUCUAUACCAUGAGUUGUAUAAGUUCUCUCUCUUCUUAGAUGCACUCUCUCUGGCUUUAUAUACUUCCAUUUUUAUGAGCUGUGAAGGUUUUCUCUUCAUUGGUGGUGUUUAGUAGUGUUUAGAGAGAGAAAGAGAGAAUGGGCAAAGAAAUGGAGUUAGAAGGGCUACAGAAGCACAGGAGUUUGUACAUCCCUGAGCUACCCCCUUGCCUACAGGAAUCUAGAGUGAGAGUGGAAUUUGCUGAUGCCACAAUUACCUCAAAUCCAUUGGAUUCGAUCGGUCGAUCAUUUCCUUUGACAUAUGGGCAACCGCUGCUUCAUUUUCUAGCAGAAUCUGAUAACGUUAUCGAUGCCCAUGUUGUGCAAGAGUUGACACCGAUUAGGGUCGGGGUUGUCUUUUGUGGACGCCAAUCUCCUGGUGGACAUAAUGUCAUCUGUGGUCUUCAUGAAGCUAUAAAGAUUCACAAUCCUAAAAGUACUUUGCUAGGAUUUGUUGGAGGAAGUGAAGGGUUAUUUGCUCAGAAAACUCUAGAAAUCACCAAGGAUGUUGUCUCAGCCUAUCGUAAUCAAGGUGGAUAUGAUAUGCUGGGAAGAACAAAAGAUCAAAUAAGAACAAACGAACAAGUUAAUGCCGCAUUAACCACUUGCCAAGCAUUGAAGUUAGAUGGGCUUGUCAUCAUUGGAGGUGUCACGUCCAACACAGAUGCUGCUCAACUUGCUGAGACAUUUGCAGAAGCAAAAUGCCAGACAAAAGUGAUUGGUGUUCCUGUCACCUUGUACGGGGACUUGAAGAAUCAGUUUGUGGAGGCUGAUGUUGGGUUUGACACGAUAUGUAAGGUUAACUCCCAGCUUAUCAGCAAUAUUUGCACGGAUGCUCUCUCUGCUGAGAAGUAUUAUUACUUCAUUCGGCUCAUGGGUAGCAGUGCUUCUCAUGUUGCUUUGGAAUGUGCUCUCCAGUCUCAGCCAAAUAUGGUGAUCCUUGGGGAGGAGGUUGCCUCAUCAAAACUGACACUCUUUGACGUGACCAAAAGAAUAUGUGAUGCAGUUCAAGCAAGGGCAGAACAAGAUAAAUACCAUGGGGUCAUCCUUUUACCUGAGGGACUAAUUGAAAGCAUUCCUGAAAUACAUGCUCUCCUGCAGGAAAUUCGUGGUCUCCACAGUCGAGGAGUCUCUGUGGACAAUAUAUCAUCGCUAUUGUCACCAUGGGCCUCUGCUUUAUUCGAAUUUCUGCCACCAUUCAUCAAGAAGCAGCUUCUUCUGUCCCCUGCAUCUGAUAACUCAGCCCAGCUUUCCCAGAUUGAAACUGAGAAGCUUUUAGCUCAACUGGUGGAGGCAGAAAUGUCUCUUAGAUCGAAGCAAGGGACUUACAAGGGAAAGAAAUUCAAUGCUAUCUGCCACUUUUUUGGGUACCAAGCUCGAGGUUCACUACCAUCACAAUUUGACUGUGACUAUGCUUAUGUUCUUGGCCAUAUAUGUUAUCAUCUUCUGGCUGCUGGGGUAAAUGGUUACAUGGCUACUGUGACAAAUCUGAAACAACCUGUUUCUAAGUGGUGUUGUGGGGGCGCUCCAAUGACUGCAAUGAUGACAGUGAAGAGGUGCCUACAUUUUCCUGGAUCAUCUUCAAUUGGGAAACCUUCAAUUAACCACGCUGCUGUGGAUUUGAAAGGAAAGCCUUAUGCGAUGUUGAUGUGUAGUGCCGAGAAGUUUUUGAUGGAAGACUUAUACCGGAACCCAGGGCCACUGCAAUUCGAGGGGCCUGGAUCUGAUGCCAAGGCAAUAAGUUUAUGCAUCGAGGACUUAGAUUAUAUGGGGAGGAUCAAGAAGCUGCAGGACAGCCUUGACAAGGUGAGGAGAAUGGUGAAGCCGGGUUGCUCACAGGAGGUGUUGAAGGCAGCUUUGAGUUCCAUGGCCUCAGUUACUGAAAUUCUGUCUCUUAUUUCUAUAAGAGGUCCUACUCCUUGAAAGCAGUCUACACUUUUUCUUUCCCCUUAGCUAAUGGAUUUCAGUUUUCCUUUUCCUUUUCUACUUCUAAAUUAGUAGUUCCUGUUAGGUGCUGCAGAGCUGAAUAAUAAAUAUUAAAAUAUUUAGAGAGAGAGAGAUAUGCAUCUUUUGUUAGGCUUCUUCCAUAAAUAUUGUGUAUUACUGAACACGAAUGUUCUAUCUUUUUAUGUGCAUUACUGAGCAGGAAUUUUGUCUA